AUGCGAGAGCAGCGUGCGCGAGAAGCUGCAGCUGGAGGCAAGAAGGAGGAGCCAAAGGCGGCCAAGAAGACUGCGCCAGAGCCCGAAGCUGAGGCGGCACCGGCGGAGCCCGAGCACUCCGCUGCGGACGAUGCAUUCGCUCAGUUCAAGCGGGACAGUGAUGCCUCGUGGUUCAAGUCAAGAAAGGCACAGCAGGAACAGCAAGAGCAGCAACAGCAACAGCAGGAGGAAGGCGAGGCUGGAGAGGGUGCAGAGGAGGGCGGAGAGAAGAAGAAAAAGGCCGAGAAGGAGAAGGCGGCGCCUCCGCCUCAUGGUGAAAAGACUCCGUGGCAAGUCUUCACCGAGACUCUCCAAACCGAGUUCAAGGCCAGUAAGGAAUGGAACGAGGGCACCAAGCAGCUUGGUGGAUCCAUCCACGACUUCACCCAGAAUCCCAAUGUGCAGCGUGCGCGGUCGGCAUACACCAAGGGUGUUGAGACGGCGGCGUCGACCACUGGAAAGGUGAUUAUGGGCACAGCAGGCGCCAUUGGCAAAUCUGCUGCAUGGACAUGGGACACACCCGUCGCCAAGGUUAUCCGCAAGGGUGCAGGCGCGGUCGGAAGCGGAGUGGAGAAGGCGACACGGCCCGUCCGCGAGACGGAGGCGUUUAAAAAUGUCAAGGAAGUGAUUGAUGACGGCUCGUCGCAAAAGUACGGAGGUUGGACCGAGCGAGAAGAGCGAAGGAGAAGACGUGAAGCGAGAGAUCUGAAGAUGGGCUUCGAUCCCAAUCGACCUGUCGAGCCGCUCGAGGAGGAUCCCAAUGCGGGAACAAACGUUACCGUGCACAAGGACUCGGCAUGGAAAGAGAGUUGGAAGUCUUUCCGGGAAUCCAACCCGAUGAUGCAGCGCCUGUUUUCGGUGGGAUCAGUGUAUCGCGAAUCCGAAAAUCCUCUCAUCACCACUGCCAGAAGUGUGAGCGAUCGCAUUGCUGGCUUCUUCGCCGAGAACGAGACAGCACAAGUGAUUAAAAAGUUCCGAGAAAUGGACCCUACCUUCCAGGUCGAGCCGUUCUUGGAGGAGAUGCGGACCUACAUCUUGCCUGAGGUUCUCGAGGCAUACGUCAAGGGUGAUGUCGAGACCCUCAAACUUUGGCUCUCAGCAGCGCAGUAUUCUGUCUACGCUGCGUUAAUGGCGCAGUAUACUACUGCUGGCAUGAAGAGUGAUGGCAACAUCUUGGACAUCCGGAAUGUUGAGAUCCUCAACGCCCGUAUGCUGGAGCCGGGUGAGAUUCCUGUAUUUGUCCUCAUGGCAAGGACACAAGAGGUGCACGUGUUCAGGAAUAAGAAGACUGGAGAGCUAGCUGCUGGCACCGAGGACAAGGUCCAACAGGUCACAUACGCUAUUGGUGUGACAAGAAUCCCCGAAGAGGUCGCCAAUCCGGAGACAAGAGGAUGGAAGUUUAUCGAAAUGCAGAAAUCGGCGCGUGAUUACGUCUGA